AUGAAGCAGGCACGAGAGGUCGCUGGCCUUGUUGGGCUGGCCCUCACUCUCAUUUGUGACAACUCUCUGAACUCAACCCCUUGCACGGCACCAUCUCUUGCCACAUUGUGUCAAAUCUACGAUACCUACCACCCGGCCACGCUGUCACACACCAAGGAUGUUGCUCAAGGUGUAAGCAACAGUGUCUCUCUCAGAACCUCGCUGCCUACCCUGACGCUCUGCUCACCACUGCAUUUGCAAGCCAAUUGGGCGAAAGAAUUGAAUCAGUCAAUGCAUACCUCUGCGCUUUCCUUUGCGGCCGGACUCUCUCUCUUACCAGACGGCUCCCACUCUGUACCUCUUGUACCUUUUCCUGUGGAAUCAGUUUCCAUCUAUUCGCCCAUUCUCUUCAAAGUAGUCGUGGUCAUUUCCCUCCCUCUUGAAAAUUCUUCACCCAUCCCUUCCUCUCUGCCACUACUCCCUCUCUCUCUCUCUCUCUCUCUCUCUCUCUCUCAGCAUUUCUCUCUCUUGUGUUGUGUAACACACACUCUCUCUCCAAAACUCUCUCUCUCUCGAGUUUUUUUUUCUCUCUCAAACGGCAGCGCCUCUAGUCGUUCAAGGAACGCGCGCACAAGUGCUCCCGUGGACUACAAGGAUACGGAGCCCGUGAAUGCGUGUGCGUGCAUUUGGGUGUGCAACUUGCUCACAGGAAGACACUGUUCAACCCCGACCAAUGGCGAUGACGACGCCGCCGCCUUGAACCUGGCCCUGAAGAGUUGGGAAGAUGCCUUGAAUGCACAAUCUCUCGACAGUCUCACGGGCGACGCCAUCUCUUGGUCAUGGCUGCCGGCCGCUUGUAACGCCUUGCCGUGCGUCGCCAACAGCACCGCCAUCCUUUCCCUGGCCUUUAAUGCCUCCACUUACACGGCCCAGGUCCAACGCUCCUUGGUUAUUAGCGCCUGCACUGGCAACACCCAAAAAACCUGCCAAUUGCUGCAGGCCCAGAUGGAGCUGUCGUUCGCACUCGCCACGGCUCCCUACACGGGCGCGACUGCUAUUGUCAAACUCAACGCCCAUGCCGCCGGCGACUGGAAUGCCCUCACCGACAGCCCUCCCUUCCUGCAAGGCCACCUCUGGGCCCGCGGCCCAAGCGCCCUCCUCCUCGACAUGGACCUGCGCGACGGGACCCAGUUUUACACCACGCCCAUGGCCACCCAACCCGUCAAUCCCACGCCCUUGGAAACGCAGCUGGCCCGCGCCAUGCUCACCCCCACGCGCCUCCACGGUCUCGACGCUUCCACCACCACCGCUUGGCAUUUGCGCCCCGUCUUUCUACACGCCUUGCAUGCACCCAUGUCCACGGAAUGUUACGGCCAAAGCAGCAGCGGCUUGGACCGCCUCUGCCGCUCCUCCUUGGAAUGUGCCGACCCCAACUCCUGUCCCAGCAUCCCGGACGCCCUCCUCUACGAGGUGGCGCAUGCCACUCCGGCUUGCUCCAACCCCACCCUCGUCCCCGAGGCCUUUGGGGCGCGCGCCACCGUGGCCACCGCCGUCACAACCGAUGCCGCCCUUCUCCAGGUCGUCGGCGUGCACAGUCAAACCUGGGCCACCAUUCGCUGCGCCGAGGGCGACCUCCUCCUUGACCUACACCUCUCCACCCAAGGCAACCACCUCCAAGUCACAGCCCAUAGCGACCUCGUGACCGGCAACGACCAAGCCUUGUGGGCCUUUGUCAACCGCAUCCCUGCCAACGUCUCUGGCCAUCUUCGUGGCCUGCUGUUUCCCACCCCAGCCGCCUCGAGCGACCAAGCCCUCUUCGCGCUCCCCUACAGCCUCAACGAAGCCGCUGAGGGCGGAGCCCUCAUCCCCGUGACCGCCGCCACCACCUUGGAUACUGCCCCGGCUGCUGCCGUGUUCAACUCCCUCCUUACCCGCGCCCUCGACACUGGAAACACGUAUGCCAAUGCCAUGCUGGCGGCCCACCUCGGUCCAACGGUCAUCCAGCCCCUCCUCACCCAGUACGCCGGUCUACGCAAGCAUCCGCAUACGCCCGGCGCCAUUGCCUACGUGGCCCAACGCCUAGGCCUCCAAAUGUACAUUGAUCACACGGGUCAGCGACUUGUCGCCCAGAUUGGUCUUCAUCUCACUGCCACGGGCGCGCGCCUCGACGCCAGCGUCGACUUUUCUCGUGUUCAAGCCGCCGUCGCUGACAACUUCAGAGGUUACAUUGACUACUUCAGCUUUCCCGAGGCCUGGGAGGAAUACUACUACGAGAAUAAGCUCGACGGCGCCACCACCGCCCAAAACGAUCUCUUGGUCGCCUUUAUCGGUCGCCUCGACAACUUUGCCGCCAAUCCCAACGCUUGGGCUCUGGAUGCCCCCUUGCAGUGGCACAUGCAGACAGUGUCUCAACAGGACUUUGAUCGCAACGAGCGCUACUACCCUGUCUUUCUCACGGUUGCCGUCAAAGCCGUCACCGGCAACGUCGACGAAAACGCCGUCCACGUUCGCUACACGCCCAACAACUGUGACAACUGCCCCCGGGACUGGCCCAUGUGGUGGAGCGAGGAAAUGUUCUGCGUCUACUGGAACGACUACUGGUGGUGGUGGUGGGACUUUGAGUGGACCAACGAGUUCCUCCUUGAGCACUAUCGUGACAAUCUCGAAUACCUUCAGCAAUACGUCUUUGAAUACUUUGCCGUCAGCCAAGCCGCCAACGUCUUUGACAUUGUCGUUGAUCAAGCCAACGUCCAGGGUGCCCUUGCUGCCCUGUUGGCAGACAUUGGCAACGUUCGAUCAACCCUCAUGAGCGACGUGGCUCACCGCUUUGAUGCCACGCUCGGUGCUUGGACCUCAGACCUCGACAACGUGCUCGUCUAUGGCCGCUCCUCCUACAAUGACGGCUUUUUGCUGACCAUCAACUCCGUCUCCCUGCAUUGGAUGUCCAUGAGCGGCGAUCGCAUCGGCACCCGCGACGUUGUCGGCACCGCUCGCCUCCAGCUUCCCACCCUUCUCGUCACAAACUCCACCAUGCGCCUUGACUUUCGCGGCUUUGACUUUGACUCCCACCUUACCGGCAACACCCUGGCCACCCACCUGGCCCUCCCCGUGGCCAAGGACAUGAUGCACGGGAUUUCUCGCAACAGCUCUUACCAGGCCCGCCUCGACAUCCACUCCUACUCAGAUCAGGACAUCAUCAGCAUCGUCGAUGCCGAGGUCAACGUCCGUGUCGCCCUGACCACCGACACCAACACCACCCUGACGGGCGCCAUCGACAAUCGUGCCUCUUCCAACGACGCCUCCAGCUUGUGUAAGAACGACCCAACCGGCCCCCUGAGCACCGCCACCUGCUACACCCGCGCAAACAGCGCCACUUCGAUGGUUUGGUCCUCUGACACGGACGAACCCCACUCCGCCAGCCAGGCCUUCCUGCAUGACCUCCUCAGCCAAAGCCUCGUCCGCCUGGUGCCUGAUGCUCUCCAACAUGUGGAAGCUCCAGCCCCAGGUCUCGUCAAUACCUUGACCAACCUCUCUUCCUACGCCGCUGACUUUGGCAACGUCUCCCUCUGGGCCCUGCAGCCGCUCUCCAUGUCCAACCUCGAGGUGGCGACCACGGAACUCGUUUGCCCCGCCGGCAGCUAUGCCAAAACGCUCGGCCUCAGCGUCUCGGUCAACGGUCGCCCGCUGACCAACUGCACCAUGCCCAUGACUUACGGCAGCCUGGAGGCCGCGUCUGAAGCUCUCAACAACGGCCUUGCCGAUUGCGAUCUCGAUUGGCUCCUGGAUGUCGUUCUUACCAAGGUGCAGCGGAAUCAGGCCAAACAGCUUUGCGGCCAAUUUACUUUGCGUACCCUUGGCACUGGCGGCGCCUACGCCGUCACGGUCUCCACCUACACCCAGAACAGCCCCGUGUUUGAUGGUCAAACUUCCUUUCAGCGCGUGGCCACUGCUGGCUCCCUCACCGAUGCUGCUUACCUCUACCAGAUGCUGUACCAACCUGACCUGACUCGUUACUACAAGCCCCGUACCGAGAGUCUGGAUCUGAGCCAGUUUGCCCCGGAUGACCUAGCUCCCGCCGCCCUGCGCUCGCUGUUGCCCGCGCGUCUUCCUGCCUGGCGCAGUCACUUUGAAGCCUGUACAGUCGGUACCGUGCCCAGCAACAUCAACGCCACAGUCGCCGCAGGCAACACUCGCGUGCGACCUGCCACCACUGCUGCUGUGGUCUCCCUUCAUCAAUGUGUCAACGUCUCUUACGGCAUCGUCUAUCAAACGCCCGACCUUGCCGGUGCUGAGACCCACGAUAACGUGUCCUGGUAUCGCCUUGAGACCAACUUUACCAACGCCACGCAGCUGCAAGAGCCAGUCAGUUCAGACGGCAACGAGUUUGUCAUCGUCGUGGCCGCUGAACGCCGCGUCUGCUCAAAGCUGGCUGGCGAGUUUUGUGAGCCCGGCGCCUUGACCAUCACGCCGCUGUCGGCCAACGUGCACGUGGUCUUGCCCCUCAAUACGGGCGCCACUGUUCAGUCUGCCCUGCUCGCGGCCAUUCCCCCGGCUCUACCGGCCCCGUUUGCCAGCAUGAUCAACGUCUCCGUAGCUCCUGCCAACCCUCGGUUUGCCGACUCCGUUGCGCAAGUCGUCCUGGACUUUGAUGGCGUGCAGGAAGGCGAGAACGCAUGGGUCAUUCCCACCGUUAUGGGUGUGCAGCCAGUGACCGCCACCGCCUCGCUAGCCUACUUUCACCCGCAUCUGUACAAGCCGUUCUUUUCCGCCGCCAUCCUUCACCAGGCUGAUGUGCGGGUGGACGGUGUUCUAGCUGCCGCCUUUGAUGGUCCCGGUGAUAUUGGCAUCAUCCCCAGCUCCUACUCCGGGUGCCAGGCGCACACCAACUUCAACUUUGCCUUUGGUCUGGUGCCCACCGUGGCCACCACCACUCAAUGCCUGGCCAGUCUGCGCCAGAUGGCCACGUACCCUGAAUACUUUGAAAUCGAGGCUGCAGCUUCUGGUACCGUGACGGCCGCCAACGUCACCAUCAACGUUGUGGAGCAAGGCGAACAAGUGGAACCCGAGCUCAUGUUUUCGGUCAAUGCGGCCGGCAGUGCCUCUGACAGCACCAGCCUGCAGGCCUUACUUGUUGAUCUUGGGACCCUCAACGCCACGUUUCAAGGCCCCACCCGCGCUCUCUUUGAGCGCCUAUCUUUGGAAAACGCGACUGAGUUGUGCGAGGAGCUAGAUCUCCUUGCGGACCUGGAUGCUUCCAUCCGCGCCAUCCCGGCCUUACAACACCCCCUUGCCAUGGUUGACGAGAGUCUUCUCAAGCUCUACAACCUCGUUUUCGAGGACAAGAUCGCGCGGCUUCAGCAGCAGUGCUCCCAGGGCCAGGUGCAGGAUUUGCGCCAGCUGUGCGACCAGUUUGCAUCCGUCUUUGGCAUCAAUGUUUGCCAAGCCAUCGUCCUUCGUCCGGAAGAGGACCUGGUCACCGUCGACCUGGCCUUUGCGAUCAACAAUGCGACGCUGCCCGCGGGCCUCGUCUUUGAAACCAACGAAUUGUUCCACCUUACGCCGCAGCCAGCCGAAGGCAAUCUGACCGGCAAUCAGACGCUUCCCCUCGGUGAGGGCGAGACAGACCACCUGACGCUCGUCUACAGUGGCACUUUUCACUCACAGCUUGUGUUCAACUUUACCGACGCCACGCUGGACACGCUGCAGCUGCGCAACACGACCAUGAAGCUGGCGGUGAAUUAUGAUAUCAAGGGCGACCAACUUUUGUACUUUGGCAUGCUGCCGAUCCAAUUUGAGCGCACCUCUGCGCAACUGUCGGCUGACCUCCACGUUCAUGCCGCUGUUGGUGCCGUGUACGAGUUGGAGGCGCUCAAUGCAUCCAGCCACUUUACGGCUGAGCCGUCCAUGGAGCUGGCGCCAGACUGCUUCGUCGACAUUCGCACCGACUCUGAGUACUUGCUGUCCAAUGGUGCCCGGGGCAUUGAGCUGGAACAGAUCCUGUGCGGUGAUGGCGGCUUUCCUUGGCGCUUGACCGACAUGCUGCACCGCCAUGACAUCGUCAGCUUUUUCGCCGACCCCGCGCGGCUGGUAGCGCAAAUGCAGCGCCUCUCCGAAGUGGGCCCGCGCGUGCUUUAUCAAGCUGGGGGCGCCUUUAGCGAUGGCGUCGAGCUGCCUUUGGUGCAAAACGACUACGAUGCUCACAUCACCAAAACCUUGGCCGAAAUAACGGGACCUCAGACGCAGCAGGCUCUCACGGAAAACGCCAACCGCAUUGUGCAGGUCAUACAGAGCCUGAAUCAGACGAUCCUCAAUGACGUCUAUAAGCUGCGCCAAAUCAUUCUGCAGGAAAUCACCGACGCCCUCUGCAAGACUUUUACUCCCUACCUGCUCUCCGGCUGCCCGCCGCCUCCAGUGGCCAUGCCCGACUCGUACAGCUUUCAACUGUGCGCCGAUGUCUGCACGUGGGAUUUUGUCUUUGGCAAGGCCAGCACGGUGCAGCACACACACGUGCAUAAUAAUCUGGGUGGCUUGCGCUUUCUGCACCUGCAGUCAACAGACACAAUCACGUCUGAUGUGUCCCUCAGCAUGCCUGUACGUCUUGGCCUGACGCAACACUUUGGUCUGACCUUUCAGUUCCUCUCCGAUCCUGCUGUCAUCUUCUCUGCCGAUUUGGGCAUCAACGAUUUCAUGACCGGCCGCCUGGCAUUCUUGGGGGCCGACCUCCACGUUGACGCAGGCCUCUCCGUCAUGUUUGGUGUCGGCGCCACGAGCGGCACGCCGCCUUCGGACGUAGCCGCUGCGCGCCAGCAAGCACGGGGAGGUGCUGAAGCCGAGGCAGCCGUCGCCGAUCGGCGCCUGCGCCGUUCAGCCGUCCCACAGGCGCGAACGCGCCGCAAUACCGUCGAGGUGGUGGACGAUCUCCUGCAUCUACUCGAGGGCACUCUCUCCUCAUGCACGGGGCUUCAGUUCUCGGAUGGCUGUCGCACCAACCUUACGGCCGUGCUGGAGCAGGACGAACAGCGGGUUGAAGACAUCUUGCAUCAAAUUGACGUGGCAGAGAAGAGCUUUGCGUCCAUCAACAUGCCCGAUCUGACGGAUGAUCUGCCAGCCGAUCUCGAAGCUCUGCGCACUGGCGUGGUCACGCCCAUUUUUGCGGGCUAUCAGGCCCUGCGCACUGCCUUUGGCGAUGUCCAGGCCGUUGUGGAUUCGGUCAAGCAGCUCGAGUGUGAAAUUUCACUCCCCAAAGAAGGCUCAGUCAAGCCCAGUUACCAGGCUGCUGGCAUGCUUAAAAUCAUCCGCGGUGGCUUGGCCAAAACUGGCCAAGACGCAGCCCAUGCUGUUCAGGGUGACGGCACCCGCUUGGCCGUGAUGUUGCUGUCCAAUCCAAACAUCACGUCGGAUGAAUUGCACCAGGCGCUGACCGCCAUGGGUGGCGAGCUCAUCAACCUCAUUGUGACGGAUCUCGUAACCACGCUGCUCGAGAUGCUGGAUCCCGAAGCCGCCCUGCCCUUUUUUGCCUGGACCCUGCUGCGCGACACGCAUCUCGCCUCGGAGGUGCCACUCAUGGUUGAGGACCUUGUCAAGGCCUUUGAGGACGACGAUUGGUUCAGUGGCGGCAAGGGCCUCAUGGAGCUUCUGAUGAUCCUGAGCCCAAACUUGGCUCGCAAGUGCCAAAGCAUCGAGCAUGACUUGGAAGAUAUCAAUCGGGAUACCAACCUGCGCCGUCGCCGCUCUUUCAGGACGAGCGCCAUUGCUGAGUCAUCUUCCAGCUCCUCGAACAUGCCCGACGAGUUCAUGCUCAAGUCAAAGCAAUAUUUCCAAGCCGAUGCACGUCUCGGCUUUGUGCAGCAAAAGGCGCUAAGCACCAACCUGCCGUACUUGGAGGGCGAAUUUAGUCUGACCUCCAACGUGACAAUUGGUCACCCCUUGGCACCGCCAGUCAUGCACACCAGCUUGGCUCUGCAUCUCGGGGCCUACUUCACUUACCUACAGCAGGUGCUGUGGGACAAGUUGGAAAAGUAUCUCAAGCCAGCUCGCGAGGUCUACGACAUUUUGAAUACCCACCUCGAGCUGCUCCGUUACCUCGUCGGCCGGGCUUGGACCAUCGCAGAGCUUCUCUCCAAGCUCAAGGCCAGCACCCACUCUGCCAUGGUCAAGGCCAUGAUCACCUUUAUGGAUCGCUUUGAUUCGAUUGAGAAGGACCUGAUGAAGGUUGAAAACUUGGUGUAUUCUCUUUCCCAGUACCCGGCGGUGCUCGACCUCGGCAACUUUAGCUUGAACUACGCUCUGAGCUUGUUGAACCGGACCGUUCCCUCGUCUCCGAUUCCGCAGUUCAAAAACGAUACAACCCCAGACGGAAUCAAGAAUAUGGUGACACAGCAGCUCAGCGAGUUUCUCGCACGCGGCAUCAACCCAAGUCCCGGCGCCAGCUUUUGCAUUACCUUCCCCUUCCUGCAUCAUCUUGAAACCAUCGCCGAGGAUUUGCUCCUGGGUAACGAAGUUCCCUAUGACCUCGUGUCGCUUCAGCUUCCCUCCUUCUCCUUGGGUUCAAGCGUACCCUUUGGCCCUUACAUUGUUUGGAGUGUUCCCCUUGUCAUGGUUGAGGCGGCACUGGACAUUGGUUUGACCGUGCAACCCAUCCACCUCUCACUGCCAUUCUCAGCCCUCACCACCGCCGUUGCUUCACGCGACCCUGCUCAGUUGCUGGAACGCUUUGGCAUGCGGGUCAAAGACGACGCGGGACGACAACUCUACCCGCUGUCGUUCUACGUGGGUUUCGGGGUGCAGGUUGAUGUGAGCGUGCUCAUUUUCAAGGGCUCGGUCGGCCUGGGUUUGCGCGGUACCAUCAGUUUCGGCCUCAAGGACGUUGAGGGCACGGGUAUUCUUGAAGUGGCCGACUUGGUGGCCCUGGUGAAGGCCGGUGGUAACCUGUUGAGCCUGGUCACGGGCGUGGCCGAGUUGGAUGCCUUCCUGACCGCGGGCAUCGAGGCCUGUAUCCCCAUCCCCUUUCACGAAAUGUGCUGGACCGUUUUGAAGUGGAACCACUACUGGGUUCUGUAUCGCAAACCGUUCUGGACUUCACAGCCCAUGCCUGUAAUUUCGAGCGCAGGCGCCAUCAACCCGGCCGCCGCCCUGUUCACCAGCGACAGCGUGCUGACCGUGCAGGUUACCACCGUCGGCUCUGGUUUGACCAACGUGCAGUUGCGCGACACUGUCAGCCCCGGCUCCGAACCUACAGACCCCGUGCGCAGCCGCACGCUCAAGGCCGGCACGCUCUCUUUUGCUGGCAACAGCUAUAACGGCAAGGCCUUCAAUAUUCUAGUGGCUGGCCUGACGAGCACUCUGCGCCUGCCUGCGGGCAAUCUCUUCCAUGUCCUCAUCGACCUUGAGGCCUACCCCACGGCCCCGCAACUCGCCUUCACUGCCGCAGGAGUGGCAGCUACGGGUACAUUUUCCCUGCUGACGCAGUCAAAUUGCGGCACAAUGCUCGUGCAAAACGUCCACGUGGCCAGCACCUUUGCCGUUUCGCGCCUAUGGUGUCCCGUGACGAUCGAGAGUAUCUCCUCGAACAACGUGACGCUUCGUGGACAAGCAGGCUCUGAUUUUGUGGCCGCCCACCCCUUGACCGUGUCCGAUCUGCAAUCGUUGGAUAUCAACGUGGAAGACACCGCCUUUGAGAUGACGGCCGAUGCUCUCACGUCUUCGGCGGGUCUGAAUGUGGUCUUGUCGACAGCCGACUUCAUCUCCGCGCUUCGCCUUCUGGGUUCAAACCUGCACGAUACCACUUUUAUCAUCACAUCGGUGCGCCCCGAGACCUCGACGCAAGUAGUUGGCCAAACUCAAAAUGACAACUUUGUUGUGCCCGCCUUUGACACGCUGGCGGCACCGGUCCUGCUUAACGGUGGUCCGGGCGAGGACGGCUGCACGCUCACCCUGACCGCCGUGGACGGCAGCUCGACAAACAUCAGCACGGAGACGGUUGCACAUGAAGUCAACAAUUCGGCUCGCUACGCAUUUACGCGUAAUAUUGAAGUGCGCCUGUUCAACGUGCACCUCACGGCUGGAGCACACUACCGCACCUUCUUGAACUCGGUCCGAGCUGGGCAAAUGACACUGCUCAACCUGGUGGCCUCGACGCAGAGCACAUCUGAACACCGCGUGGCCGCGAGUGCUUUGGGUGCCCAACUCAAAUACGUCGUGACCGGCUCUGGUUCACACGACUUUUUGGUGGGGGCCGAUGGCUCCUUGGUCGACCAUGCAGGCACAAUCAUGUUAACGGGCGAUGCCACACCAGACCAGACCGUGACGCUGCGCGUGCAGGCCCAGAGCGACCCUCGUACGCUUCAGUAUGAGUUGCGUCGGAACAUGUUGACGGUCGUGGACACGGCGAGCCCGGCCGAGGAUAUUUUCCGCCUGUCUUUUGCGCACGUGGACUUGCUGGUGCUUGAGCUCAAUGGACAACUCACCAUUGAUGACGAGUUGGACGUGUCGCAAUAUGGCACUGAGGUACAUAUCAUCAUGGCCAACCACACGGAUAACGUGCCGGAAGAGUUCAUUCCCACGCGCCGGGUCUGGCGCAACGAUGUAACAGUUUUGGGCACAAAUGCGCCGAUCUUGAUCCAAGGCAUGGUGCAUGGCGUCACACUGGGGCCCAAUCCUUGCGUGACCAGCCUCGAGCCCGGCUGUGACUGCAGUGCCGGCGGUCGCUGGUGCUUGACUCAUCCACUCAGUGCACUUCGCGCCCCUGUGAUUGUUGAGGCCGACGGGUCCACGGGCUGGACCUCGUUGGUCCUUCAAUCCGGCUCGGCUGGUGCAGCACCCGACCAGUUUACGCUGGUGCAAGAGAACCGCGUCUACCAAGCCCUGCCCAACGGCACAGCCUGGCAAGUGCGUGCUCCUGCUCUGUCCACCCGCUUCUGUGCCGGCUUGUGGAAUCCAGCUCUCUGUGCGGGCGCAGCACCUUUGCGCUUGGGUGCCAACACGGCCGUACGCCUGCUUGGUGGAGGCGGUGCCGAUCGAGUGUUUGUGCUCGACACACCCAUGCCCAUUAGCUUGGAUCUGCGCAGCGGGGAGGAUAGUUUGCACAUGCAGAACGUGACCAAUGUCACGGCCACUCUUGGCGAGGGCUAUGAUGAGGUGACCUGCACCUUCCCUUGCUCUGGUGCCGUGGAUCUUGGUGCCGACAUGAACCACGUGCGCCUCGCCCCGGCAGGGAACGGCGUCAUUCAGAGCGCUGACACAGCUGACCCGAGUGCCAUCCGCUUCUUUGAAGCUAACGCCGAGGCCACGAGCAGCAGUCUCGUGGUCUCCAGCGUCGUGCCGGGGGACGACAUUGAAGUGGUCCCGCACAUUGAACCCUGUGCAGCAUGCGCACAGCAGUUGGCCAGUGCCCCGCUGCCAGCUGGAUUGCCGGACCCGGUGCCCUCUUUUUCACCCACCGUCACCAUGGCCGACAUUUUGGUCGCGCCGACCAGCAGCGAUGGCCACACGCACGUGUACGUCGUGGAUGGAUGCAACAACAUGCCCUUCCGGGCUGUCGUGCCCCGCGCAGCCGGCAUCCACCGCGUGGAGCUGCCCGCGGCUUUGGACCUGACCUGCGCCAUCUCGUUUAACGGCCUGACCUAUCAGAAUCAAACGAAUGCAUUGAUUUUGAGUACGUCUAGCAAUCCGAGCACUGUUGGCGCCAGUGGCAUUUCCGACCUGCAUCUUAUAGCUGACGAGGACGCCUGGCACGUGCGCAGUGCCAGCCAGCGCAGUUUCUUACGAGUGCGGGUGGCGCACGUGGCACAAGUGCGACUGGAAGGCCCGGUACCGGCACAAGCUCUCCUUGAGAUGGGCGAGGUGGAACCUAUGACCAACACGAUGGUCAACUUGACGGACGCGGCUUCGGUGUCAGCGUCGCGGCGCACAAUGCGCGCCGUCGCUGCAACACCCCCGCGUCGUCACAUCCACGUGCGCGGCACGACGGGGCCCACGCUUGUCACGGGCGCGGCCUUUGACACCGUCGUCGUGGGCACGCCCUCACACCCAGCCAACCCUCUUGAUCCUUUGUCCCAUUUGUACAGCGUGCUGGUUCUUCAUGGCAGCGCACCCGUUAUUGUGGCCGUGCCGGGAGCGGUGGAGGACUACGCGCCCGACCAAAAACUGCAGGUGGCCGGUGCUUGCGUCGGUGUGCCCGAUGGAGCAGGUGGCGUUCGCCCGGCUUCAGACCUAUUGCAGCGGUACCCGACGUCCACGUGGCUGUGUGAUCAGCUUGAGGCUAUUGGUUUGAGCGAGCUCUGCAACACUACCUGCCCGUUGAGUGUGGUGCAACCAGCCGAGCUUUUGAUUCAGACUGGUGGCGGUCGGGACGAGCUGCACGCUGUGGGCUGCCGCGCCGACCUUAGCCUGAGCGUUGUACAAGGCGGAGGCAAGGACAUUGCCACCAUCAGCAACUGCACGGGCCCGAUGACCGUGGAUCAGGGCCCCGCCUCGGACGACGUGGCCUUGCGGGCUCCAUUGAGCUCGGUGACCGUCAAUCAGGGCAACUUGGUGGAUAACCAAUCGCAUGUGGGCAACAACUUUUAUGCCACGUUUGGCUCGCCCGUUGUCAUGGACUCGGCCAACACGAUCAAGGCCGGGGACACGGUCAUCCUGUAUGCGGAGCCCUUCAACGACAACGACCUGGUGGAGCUGCACUACGAUCCUUCACUGCCGGCAGUGGCAGACAACGCCACCUGCGAACACGAGGUCGUUCACAGUGGGGGCGGCUUUUCCCUGGAUUGCGUGAGCAACACAGUCUAUUGUCUGGGGCCCAUCGAUGAGGACUCAUCGCUGGCCCUCAAUUGCGAGGGCAGCAGCAACGUGACAAUUCAGCUGACGCUCACGUCGGCCGAUUUGGACAAGACCUCCACCAUUCAGGUGCAUGGCGGCGCCAACACGACGUUGGACGUGAGCACGGCGUCUGAUCUCAGCGUGUGGACACGGGCUUACACCGACUAUGGUCAAAUCAACUUGGGCAGCACGUUCAAGUUCUUGGUGUCACAGCUGACCAACUUGCGCGUGUCUGCCCAGAAGCUGGACAUGACGGGCACCGCCCUGGCAAGCAAUGUGGCCCUGAUUGGCGAGAGCCAGCUACAGGUCGGGGACAUUGAAGCGCUGGACGCCAACGCGCUGCUGCACAACUGCAUCGACUGCAACUUAUCUGCGGCUUUCUGGAAUGCCAGUGGACCGACCGUUGUGCUCAGUGGCAGCGCCACCGCUCUAAGCACGGGCAAUCCUUUGGGCCCAUUGAGUCUUAACGAGCGGUGUCUGGCUAGCAACACCACGCACACGCCCGCCAUGCCUUGGCUACUUGCGUCGCAGGCCCAGGAGCUUGGCUUUACAGCCAUUUCCGGAUGCCCUGUAACAGUCAACGGCACGAGACGAGUGGGAUUGGCCGUGACGGACUUGACCGGUGUGAACGUAGGCAAGGCCACGGCCUAUGUGGCGGUGCAAGGCCUUGGUACUGCUGUCCUCAGCGAACCGGCCUUUACCCAGACACGCACGAUUCAAGCGGACCGCCUCGUCGUGGCGAACGUUCUAACGCUGGAGGUGGUGAGCAGCGCGACAGCAGGCGCACGCCCCAACGUGACACUCGCGGGCAAUUAUUCGACGGUCGUGCUGGCAUGUGAUGCGCCCGCGCCCAGUGGUGUUGCGCUGCAUGUGGCGGUGCAGGCCAUGGGUGGUACGCAGACACCAACGAAAGCCACAUGGGCAGCCCCUUUCUGCGGCGGCUCCUUGACGGCGCUCGAGGCGCUGAACUUCCGUGUCGCGGGUGCUGGUAACGCGAGCGAGGCCUUGGCCCUGAUGGAAAUAACACAUACACCGCGAAGCACCCCCACCACGCUGGUGACGACUGAUGCGCACUGGCCGGUGAGUUGGUCCGUGGGCGGAUUUGAGGCUUUGGAAGCAACAGCGACCUUUGGCACCCAGCUCAACGUGUCUACGACGUCGGACAGCGGCACGUCGGUCUUCGCAAGCGCAUGGACGCGCGUGACAAGCUCAGCCGCGCACAACUAUGUCACAGCCACAGCUGCCGCCACGGUCAACUUUGUCGCCUCUGGGGGCGACACAGCGCCCGACCUGGUGCUGGCCGUUCCUGGGUUGGUCACCAGCUCCCCGGCCGUGAUUGGAGGGCGCGUGCUGCUCGUGGGCUGCCAAACUUGCGAGUGGUCUCCCGCUGUCAACAACAGCUGGGUGGCUGCGGUGCCAUGGAACACUUCGCAAGCAAAUGGCACGGUGCAACUCUCAGACGCCUCGGCAGUGACACUGACUGGUGCUUGCGUGGGCUCGGCAUCCCGCACGGACGAGUUGAAGCUGUCCGCGUGGUUGCGCGCGCAGCUGAGCACUCUGGGUGUGACGGAGGCAGCUGCGGCGGCGCCGGCGUGCCCAGCCUACGUGACAGGCAUGGCGCUGAUGCGGACGACAACAACAAAAACGCUAUCGGGCACACGUGUAACGCGCGUGGCGGCACAAAUUGAUGCCACCCACGCCAGUGCCGUGCAUCUCAACGCCAGCGGCAACGUGACUCAGCAAGGUGCUGAGUUGCAAGUGACGACCGCGUUGCCGCCGUUAUCGGCCACGCGGGUGCUGAUGGGUGCAGCGGCCCAUGUGACGCUGUCAAUUGCGUCGGAGACGAUGCGGGAAGCAGCUCUGCAGCUCAAUUGCCUUCAGUCGGCGGAUGGCUUUACCGGCACCAUCUCGGCCACCUUGGCGCCCUCGACAAGUGGGGCUGCCAACACCGAGGCAACUUGGAAGGCGACGCAUGGCUGCUCUGGCACGUUGGGCGUGGGUGCCGAUGGUGUCUAUGCGCUGGGUUUUGGGCUGGGGCACUCCAACCUGGUUCUGGAUGCGGACUGGCUCAACGCCUCGGGUGUGGUGUCGGUGAAUCAUCGCGGUGCGGUCGCUGUGGCGUUGCCUGAACUACAGGCCGAGGUCGCCACGGCGGGCGUGCUGAAAGCGCAAGCUCUGUCGACGCCGACAGCGACGCGGGCGCCAUCUUGGAGCAUGAACCUGACAUCGGACUUUGCCGGGGUCGUGUUACCCGCGGCGGCCGCCGCCGACGUUAUGGCCAAGCCGCAGGUGCAGUUUUUGUCUGGCUUUAGCUUUGUGACGGAUGGAUCGACGCGCUUGGCUUCGCAGGUGCGGUUCUGGCCGGCCGAUCAGACUUUGAUUGCGGGGGCUGGGCGUUCGGAUAGCGACUGCUUGGAGGUGGCGGACUGCAGCGUAGCCACGUGGGCUGAGAUUGAGAUUGACGGGCGUGGUGCUUGCCACCCCGAGCAGACGCAAGCCCAGUGCCGAGACCAUGCUUCAGCAACGUUGGCGUUUGCCGUGGGCCAGCACGUGGCCUGCCACUCCAAUGCCACGCAUCUGGAACUAGGUUCCGACGCAUCGCAGGGUCAAUUCUCGGUGCCCAACGAGGGCAAAGUACGACGCCUGGCCUCGGCGUGUUUUGCGUUGACGUUCUUGCUUAUCGCUGGUCUCGUCAUUUGGCGACCGGCAGCGUGGCCGGUGGCGCUGGGUAUGUACGGCGUUUUGAUCGCCAUUGGUAGCGCGCUCGGGGAGGGCCUGGAUGCACGGCACGUGUUUGUGGUAGAGCUGCGCCACGUGCUGCGUGACUACGGUGCGGCGGAGGAAACUUCGUGCGGUGGUUCGACGCCUCCGGUGGCGGUUGCGGGCCUGGUAUUUUUGGUCACGCUGACCAUUGUGGGGGCUGGCGUUGUUUUGUAUCGCUGGUGGUCUGCCCGAAAGCAGCAAUCGGUUGUGGACCAUUCCGAAGAGGCCAACAGCUUGCUCGGGGGUGCCGGUGCGACCGGUUCGUUGCGAGUGGUUGCGGCUUCUGGUACCCAAGGCUGGCUGGCCUUUUGGACUAGCUCGCGUCUGUGGUCGGUGGCUUUGGUGGUGUUGCUGCUGUUUGUGAUGCCGGCCGCGGCGGUGCACUUUAUGGCGGCGGUCUGUGUCGUGCCCUGUUUUGCACUCCUUUGCGGGGCGGUGUCGGCCCAGGACCAGGGCUGGCGCGUGGCGCGCCAGGAUCCAGCCACGCCCGUGAUGGUGCGCUACGUGCACCUCGGGGCCUAUGCGACGCUCAUGUUCCUUGUGGGCGUGGCGGCGGUGACGACUUUGCCCGAUGGCGCGCAGCCCUCGUCGCGCGGCCGAUGGGCAGUGGCCUGGCUCCUUUGGCUCACGGUGUUGGUCCUAGCGUGUCUGGACGCGCUGCGCGGCUUGAGUGCCCAGGCCGGUGCAUUCCCGCGGACGCGGGCGGAUGUGUCCGUGCCGGUCCUCGCGUCGGCGGCCUCGGUGCUGGUCCUGGGUCUGUGUCUGUUGGGUGUUUUGACGUCGAGCAAGACCACGGCCGGAGGACUGUGCGCGCUGGUUUUGUUGCAAGCCAUGAGCCUGGUGGCGCUAUCAGUUUUGGCUUGGCGAGCGGUCCCCGCGUCUGGAGGGGCAUAUGCGCCCAUCAGCGAGUCGGCCGGUUCUACGGAGGAGGUCUACGACCCGGUUGACUUUCAGUCCUCGACCGGUGCAUCACCGCCGCAACCAGCGCCCGUAGUGGCGACGCGUCACAGCGCCGCCUUGGACACUGACGCCGAGGCCAACGUAUCUCAUUUGGAGGACUCGAAUUGA